AACAUCAGGGGCGCCGCCAUUUAGUCGAGGAUCCCGCCAGUCUCCUCUCCACGAUCUCCUCCGCGCUUUUCGUGUGUUCUGUGGCUCAUCAACGGCGCUCACAUGUUUCUUGGCGGCGCCAGAAAUAUGGCGGAUAGUGCUAGUGAAAGUGAUAGCAGUUCAGUUGACGGGGCAAUGAUUGCCCCGUCUCCUCUGUCGCGAGAGCAGAUUCAAAAACGCGUUGAAUCUCUCCAGCAGGAGAACCGAGUGCUCAAAAUGGAGUUAGAAACGUACAGACUUCGAGUGAAGACGUUGCAGGAGGAGAACCGUGCGUUGCGGCAAGUCAGCGUCAACAUACAAGCGAAAGCUGAACAGGAGGAGGAAUUCAUCAGCAACACACUGUUGAAGAAGAUUCAAGCGCUCAAGAAAGAAAAGGAGACGCUCGCCCUUAACUACGAACAAGAGGAGGAGUGCCUUACUAAUGAUCUUUCACGAAAGCUCAACCAGCUUCGCCAAGAGAAGGUUCAGCUGGAGCAGAGCUUGGAGCAGGAACAAGAGGCACUUGUGAACAAGUUGAUGCGGAAGAUAGAACGUCUAGAGGCACAGACAUUGGCCAAGCAAGCAAAUUUGGAGCAGUUGCGCCGAGAGAAGGUGGAGCUAGAGUGCACACUGGAGCAAGAGCAGGAGGCACUGGUGAAUCGCCUGUGGAAGCGAAUGGACAAGCUGGAGGCCGAGAAACGGAUGCUGCAGGAACGGCUGGAGCAGCCCCCAUCAGCGCCGCCGUCGCCUCGAGAACCCGGGCGUGACACCCCAGCUGCGCUGGGGGCCCACGUAGCGCGGCUGCGUGGGGAGCUGGCACGCCUCCGAGCCCAGCUCCAUGACACUCAGCAGGAGCACAACGAAAAGGUGGCCCAGUUUGCUCAGGAGGAGCGCCAGAUCCGCGAAGAGAAUGUGCGCCUGCAGCGCAAGCUGCAGCUCGAGAUGGACCGCCGCGAGGCCCUCUGCCGCCACCUUUCAGAGUCUGAGUCGAGCUUGGAGAUGGACGAGGAGAGGCACUUCAAUGAAAUGGCGCACGGUAUGCGGCCAAGGACUGUGUCAAGCCCAAUCCCUUACAAUCCGUCACCGAACUCUUCGAGGCCUCUCAGUCCAGGUGCCAUGUCUUUUUUUCUUUUUUUUUCCCCCUCUCUCCCUGUGCACUCUGCAUAUUGUAAUCUGCAUCAUUGCAUAGAAGUGCUUAAAUGAGUUGUUGCACUAUUC